AUGAUGGAGGGCCCACUCGUAACUCUCAGCUGCUCUGCUCCGGCUCCUUGUGCCGAUGAGAAUCCCUCCAUCCGGUGGGACGACCUUCUGAAUGGGACUGUGACUCAAAACGAGACCACCAGGGCUGAUGGCAACAAGGCCAUGGUGUCCAUCCUGACUUUCAGAGCCUCCUUUCUGCACAACAAGAAGACCCUCAUCUGCACAGCUCAGUACACCGUGGGGUCUGUGAACAAAACAGCAAAGAGGACCACAACCCUUAAUGUCCUCUAUGCACCUAAGAAGACCUCAGCUUCAAGUCAAGCUGGUGGAGUUUUAGAAGGCCGGUCUGUGACUCUGACCUGCAGCUCAGAAGCAAACCCAGCGCUGGUCCAGUACACCUGGUUCAGAGGGAAUGAAGAGACCCCGAUAGACACAGGACCAACUCUGACCUUCAGACAAGUGACGAUCAGUCAGGCCGGAGUGUAUUACUGUCAGGCAAGAAACACACAUGGAGCAGAGACGUCACCGCCUGUGACACUGGACGUGCUGUAUCGUCCAAGAAACACGUUUGCCGUCACAAAUGUUCAUGGAGUGAUAUCAGCAGGCACGACUGUGACACUGAGGUGCACCUCCAAGGCCAACCCGCCCGCCACUUACACCUGGUUUAAGGUAGACGGACCCUCAGAUUCACUCCGAGGAUUCGGACAGGAGCUGCUCCUCUGUAAAGCUACGCAGAACGAGAACGUGAGAUACGUCUGUCGGGCAGAGAAUCAGUUUGGACGAGAAAACUCGACAGCGUUGACCCUGGAGGUCGUGCCUCAUGAACUCAACAUCUUCAUAAUUGCUGUUUCAACUUCCCUGUGUGUUCUGAUAGUCCUGAUAGCACUGGGCCUGUUUGUUUGUCGGAAAAAGUACAUGAGGUCCAACAUAAAAGGUGAACAUGGAACCAACAUGGAGUCGUCUGAGCAGACACAGAGUCCACCGCCACAGGAAGGAGAGAGCGGCCAUUAUGAAGCUUUACAGAGAAGAGAGGCAUCAGUCUAUGAAAGUCUAGAGAAAAAUAAAACUGUGGCUGUAUAAUGGAGAACAAAUGUAUACCCAGAAAUACAAAAAGUUAUUCAUGAGACUACAGAAAAUACAAUUCUCUUCUAAACGUGCCUUGUUAAUGUUCUCUGAAUGUUGUUUCACUUUGUUGCUGUGUAUUUGUAACAUCUGCUAUUUUGUGAUAAUUGUCUGUACAAUUGCUAUGAAUGAUGAGCUUUGACUGUCGAUUAAAAUAAAGAAGUUCCUUACUGACGAUAAACAUUUAUAAAAAGUGAAGAGCACCUCGUCAAGUCCGGAGGGUU